AUGAUAUUCUUGUUUGCCCUGGUGAUUUGUCGUUUUCGUUGGCUAUUGACGGUGAUAACAAAAUUCUUAUCUAUUGUUGUUUCGUUUUAUCAAAUAAUUAAUUUUUUUUAUAAAAAAAACUUUACUCAUUUUCCACCCAACACCCUCCAUUUCACCCAUCGGCUCCGCUUUAUUCCUUUUUAUCUUAUGUGA